AUGGACUCAGCCAAAUUUCAAGCAGUAAUUUAUAUCGCAGACGUCGGCCGACGGUCACCCAUCCGGGCAGAGGCCGUUGUUCUUCGGACAAUCGGCAUUGUUACGUCGUCAGGGAUUCCCGGCUCUGAGGUGUCCAACCUCCGUCGCAGACUACUACUAGCUGAUCCUACCUUUGAUCAGCCCGGGAGGAUCGACAUCGUUAUCGGAGCGGACGUUUACCAUCGUGUCAUUCUAGCGGGCACUCGGAGAAUUGGUUCCUUGUUGGCCCAGAAUACGACAUUCGGUUGGAUCUUGACAGGAUCCACUGCGAUCUUAGAGUCAUCAACGAGUCACACCACCCGAGCUCUCGCCACCGCAGUACAUGUGUGCGACGAAGAAAGUCACGAGAAGCUUCUAGCACUAGUGCAACGUUUUUGGGCUAUCGAGGAAGUUCCGUCGGUCCGACGAAUCUCCGCUGCCGACCGUGAAUGUGAGGCACUUUUCACUCAAGGAGUCCGACGAACAUCUGACGGACGAUACACUGUGAGACUCCCUUUAAAGUCGGAGAAGAAGGCCCUCCUAGGAAGCAGUCUACCCCACGCGCGCUCAGCUCUCGUUUCUAUGCAGCGACGAAUGCGCUCUGACCUCGUUUUACGCGACAGUUACUGCCAGUUCAUGGAGGAGUACGAGCAGUUAGGUCAUAUGAGAGCACUGACCGCCGAGGAAAUUCGAGAGGACUCAGGGACAGUAUUCUACAUCCCACACCACGGCAUCUGGCAGCGCAGCGACGGAGAAAACAAACUAAGAGUAGUUUUUAAUGCCUCUCGCGACACCUCUACAGGUCUCAGUCUCAAUGACUCACUCCAUUCGGGCCCAAAGUUACAAGGACACAUAGCGACGAUCAUCACACACUGGCGAAGGCACCGAUAUGUUUUUUGUGCAGAUGUUCAAAAAAUGUUUCGACAGAUCUUAAUGGAUGAGAGAGACUGUCACCGUAUCGUCUGGAGCCCCUCAUCCGACUUGCCAGCUAAACAUUUCGUUCUCAGGACUGUCACCUACGGCACGGCUUGCGCCCCCUAUCUCGCACUUCGCACCCUGCAGCAACUCGGCGAGGACGAAGGACAUCGGUUUCCACUGGCCCGCGAAUUACUUAAGAGAGACCUUUACAUGGAUGAUUUUUUGAGUGGUAGCCAUGACCUCGAGACAGCAAGGAGCCUUAGAGAUCAGCUUAUCGGUCUACUUAGGGCGGGCGGCUUUCAUCUAUGUAAGUGGGUGGCCAACGAGCCUGGACGGCUUGAAGACAUACCCGCCGAGGACCGUUUACGGGCAGACUGGGUUCAACUCUCUACCGAUGGACCAGUGUGCGAAUUAGGCGUCAUUUGGGAUCCAGUGACGGAUCGUUUCAAGUUUCGCCCUGGAGUCGUUGAUCUACCUCCAAGUCUUACCAAGAGAACUGCUCUGGUAGAGCUCGCCGCCUUUUUUGACCUAGCAGGUUGGUUGACCCCGCUGACUCUCGUGGCCAAGAUCAUAAUACAAGAUCUUUGGAGAGCGAAAUUCGAUUGGGACGAGAGACUCCCGUCCAGCUAG